AGAUCUCCCCAUCCCCUCUCUCCCAACCAAGGAAGGCAGGCAUCAUUCAUCACCCAAGGCAGGCAGGAAGGCGUUGAAGGUGAGUGAGUGAGCAUCGAUGGCCGAGCUUGCGGUAGAGAAGUACGUGGCCGAGUGCAUCGGCACCUUCUUCCUCGUACUCACGAUCGGGUGCUGCGUCAUCAACGGUAAGUAAGGAGGCUUUGGGGGGGUAUCAUAACAGCAGGGCUCACACACCGACAGCAAUCUCUGUGUGAUGGCGCAUUUGUUCGUGUAGGUGUGCCGUUCGCUCCCCUUGCCAUCGGGGGCAUCCUGAUGGUCAUGAUCUUCGCUAUGGGCUCGGUGUCAGGUGAGCGAAUGACGGCACACACAGACACGCAGGCAAAGAUCUAUCCACCUACACGGCCCAUCCAUCCAUCCAUCCAUCCAUCGUCUGUUCUCCCCUUGGUUGCCACACUAUCUAUGCAGGCGCUCACUUCAACCCCGCUGUGACGACUUCUGUUCUAAUCAGUGGCCGACAGAAGAUCACGCCCCAAGACGCCUGCCUCUACAUGCUGGCACAGCUGGUACACACACAUCUCGCAUCUGGCAGACAUACAACGCACAAGGCCUUGAGAGUGGGUGUAGGUCGGUGCUUGCUUGAUGCCUGUGUUGUGUGUGCAGGUGGGCGGUCUGCUGGCGGGUCUGGUUUACUGGUACCUCACCGGCCUGACCUUCGCACUUGCGCCCGGCAAGACACACAACUGGCUUGAUGCGUCAGUGGCUGAAAUGUAAGACAGACAGACAGACAGACAUGCAGAAUGUGGGGAGGGAGGCAGUGGGGGAGUUGCCGUGACCUGUGCUGUGCUGGGUCCAUCCAUGUACGUGUCAGCCAUUCCUUGGUUCGUUCAGGUUCUUCACGUGCGCCCUGUGCUUCGUCGUGCUCAACACUGCCACUACCAAGGAGGUGCGCUCACGCGACGGAUGGAUGGGGGACGUUUUUGCUUGAUCUGUGCGUGUGUGUCUUUGGCUGGGUGGGUGGGGGUGGCUGGCUGCAGGACUCGCCAAAUCACUACUUCGGCCUCGCAAUCGGGUUCACCGUCAUGGCCUCGGUGACUGACCGCAGUUGAAGAAUGAAUUGUGCUUCUCACUUAUGUGUAUCAAUCAUGUGCGUCGCGUCACACGUGUGAUGCAGGCCUUUGCGAUCGGGAGCAUAUCAGGUGCGUCGCUGAAUCCGGCGGUGUCGUUCGGCAGCCUGAUGGUGCACGGCAUCCGCACGGGCGGUGGAUGGGUCUACUUCCCUCUCUACCUGCUCGUCCCAUUCGUCGGGAGCGCACUCGCCGCUGGUGCGGACGGACACGACGCAUCAACACACUACUGCUAACACGCCGACCGCACUUUCCUUUGUGUGUGCAGGUUUGUUUUACCUGGUGCGGCCGGCCGAGUAUGGGUGGAAGCGAGCAGAGGGCGAUUACAGGCAGAUCCGAUAGACAUCUGAGAUAGAUAGAUAACCAGACACAGAGAGAGAGAGAGAGAUGUAGACAGACAGGCAUAGGCGUUAGUACUAGAUGAUGAUGAUGACAAGCCCAGCCUCAUCGAUGCAUCGAUCGCACUCGCUCGUCAGCUUCCUUCCGAGAGGAAGCGUUUCUUCCCGUCUGUCUGUCUGCCAUCUAUGCCAGGCGGUUUUCGCAGAGAGAGGCUGGCACAGCGACAGAGAGGCAGACAGAGCGGCCUGCCUAUUUUUAGUCAGUCGAUGGAGCACUCGGACGGACAAGGGACAGCGGGUGUGGUGUGGCCUACGUGUGUGUGUGGGCACGGACGUUUUCUACAGUCAGCCAGGCACACAAGAAGGAACCUGAUCGACCCUGUGUGUGUGGUGUGGUGUAUUGUGGUCAGUGAGAGGGAGGGUGAAACGGCGUAAGUAUGUUUGCCAUCGAAAUCGGAACGCUGUUGUGUAGCCGAGCCGCUUCAAGUUGAUCGCGG